GUACAUUAUGCAAACAGUCACAGAAAGAAAGGCAACACAUUUGAACAUACCAAACAAGCCCAAAAACUUCAAAGUAGAUAGCACAGACCCAUCAAAAUAGUUUGCAAAACAAAACAAAAACGAACCCAAUUUGCGAUACAAUGAAAUAGAAAAGAGAAACAGAGCGUUCACCGGCAUUUAACACAAACAAACACGUUUAGUACACACGCCACGUGGAAGACACAGCGCUACAACACAGUCACACACAUACACACACAUAGACAGGUUGUGUUGGUUGUGAGGCGGUAGUUACACACGACAUUUGGAAAUAGUAUGGGUUGCGCUAAUUGUGUAAAGUUGUGCAAACAAUGUUUUUGUAAAAAUUGAACAAACAAAAAACUUGAGGAGAAGGGGAAGAAGAAGGACACGCGCUGGACCGACUGUUUGCUCCCCCUCCAGUCGUCCACUCUGCCAACAGGGACGCCGCCGUGGGCAGGUCGCUCGCACCGCCGGUGGGUGUGUUUGUUUGUGUGCGCGAAUGGGAAAUAAUAUACAAAUUUCGAAAUACACGCCAUUGAAAUUACUCACCGUGUGUUGGUUGUUUCUCAUCUGCCCAUCCCAGUUGGCUGGGGUAAGUAUGCACGCUCAGUUUCGCGUUGACAGUUGCUCUAGCUUGCAGAGACCGUAUCGUGUACUGUCAACCUUCCUUCGGCGAUGAAUUUCAUACCAUAUCGUAGUAAAAGUGUUCCACCACUCGCCGCUGCUGGAUUGCCGGUGCGAUCCCGUGGUCGUGAUGAGCCGCUUAGAAACGAUCGUUCAAUGCCCUACAGCCGAAGCCGUUCGUUUGCCGGGGCACGCAAUGAAACGUCAUCGAGCAGUUCGCACGCACCAAGACAAUCGAAUCAAACGGCAAACAGCACCCGAGAUGGACCGUUUGUGAUUGUGGUGCUUGCCGAGGGCCGAGGACAUGCCGCACUCGAGGUCGGUCUAGCCGCAAUGGACGUUACCUCACCACACCUGAAGCUCACCCAAUACGGAGACAACUUUUGGUACUCGGUCACACUAACAACGCUGCACGCACUGGACCCAACGGUGGUUUUCUUCUCCGAGCACGCACUCACCAACGGAACGUCCUACCUGCCGAAACUGAUCCACCAGUACCUUCCCCGCACUCAGGUCCGAGGACUGGGAAGAUCGUACUUCAACGACAGCCUCGCCGAAAGCUACCUCUCCCAGCUGUGCAGCCGUGAUUAUGCCAAACUGCGAGGGCUCAUCCACAGCAAGUACUACGGCAUGGCAUCCUGCGGUGCUUUGCUGCGACACCUGAUGGAAACGGCACUGCUGCAGAUUGCUACCAAGUCGCUCAAGCUGAGCUACCUCGACAAGGUGUCCACGAUGACGAUGGACGUGGAGUGCAUUGGGCAGCUGGAGCUGCUCGGGCCGCUCCAGAAAGGGGACGAGCGGAAGUCGCUGUUUGGAUUUCUGAACCACUGCAUCACGUCCAUCGGCAAGCGUCAUCUGCGAGCCAAUAUCAUAGAGCCAUGGACGAACCGGGAGCGGUUGGAGAUGCGUCUCCGGUGCAUUCGGGAGUUUCUGGGCAAUCCGACGCUGCUGCAGAGUGUACGCAAAACCUUGGCCGAGGUGAAAGAUGUCGGUGGAUUGCUUAAGCUGUCGGUCGACAUCGAUCGAAUGAAAACAACGCACCAAAACACGGUUCACAUGCUCAAUCAAGCGUCAAGCCUUCGCAACGUGCUGAAAGUGGUCCCGAAGCUGCGGGACCUGCUGCGGGACGUGCGUGCCGAAUAUCUGAACGAUUUGAAGCAAACGCUUGAGGAGCAGGUGUACGCUGAGUUACUCCAAAACAUCUGCAAAGUGUUGGACGACAGUCCAAUGGAGAGAAACACGUCCUACAAUAGGCUGUUUCUUGUGCGCACCAACAUCAACUCGAUACUGGACCUACUUCGAACACUGUAUUCCGGUGUUAUCGACGAGAUUCGUCAGUAUGUGGCGGAGUUGAGUCUCGCUACGCGAAUGCAGCUCAGACUUCACCACUCCAAACCGAACGGGUUCCAUCUGCUGUACGUGUUGGCGAACGAGGAAGUAGACAAUGUGGCUGAACAGUUGAGCAGUAGCUUUCAGAUACUUAGCCGGACCGGUCGGCGAUAUACACUCUCCAAUGGAAGGCUGAUGGCGUUCAAUGAGAAGCUCAACUCAGUCGCAAAGGAGAUUGAUGAGAUCAGUUACGGUAUCAUUCGGGGGCUGAUCGAGAGCAUACGGGAUAGUAUAGAUGCGGUGUACAACCUGGUCGGAUGCUUGACAGAUCUGGACGUGGUGCAGGCGCUUGCCAUCGUCAGCCAGGGGAAAGAGUUCUGCGAGCCUACCUUCGGAGAGGAGACGAAGAUAGUCUCUGGAAGACAUCCACUGCUGGAAAGCAUCUGCGGAGAGCGGAAGGUCGUUCGUAAUAAUGUGAUCUCCACUCCCGAGUACAAUGUGUUUAUCGUCACCGGGCCCAAUAUGAGCGGCAAAACGGUGUACAUGAAAACGAUCUGCACCUUGCAGAUCAUGGCCCAGCUUGGCUGCUAUAUACCGGCAUCGCAAGCACAGGUUCGGAUCGUCGACCGACUGCUGACCAUCUACGGUGACGCAGACAACCUCCAGCAGGAUGAUGCAGAGUCCAACCGGAUGUACAACAAGCUGCAGUUUGUACGCCACUGCUUAACCCCAAACAGUUUAGUCGUGAUCGACGAGCUGUACGGUGACACUCACCGCCCCGAUACGACCAGUGACAAGUGGGCACUGCUGGAACGCAUCAUCGAUCACGUUGGAUACGUUGGUGAGGGAAGCGAGUCGGUCGUUCCAACGCUAGCAUCAAUCCGCAAACCGUUCAUCUUCAUCACGACCCACUGCAUGGACAUGUUGAGCCCGCUCGAGGUGCAUCACAACGUCUCGAAGCUCUGCCUGCAGACGGAAACGGUCCAGGUGGAUGGGGUGGAGCGUUUGCGGUACAAGUACGUCGUCACCGAGGGACGCACGGUGGUGCAGCACUACGGACUAUCGCUCGCCCGUACCGUCAACAUGCCCCAGGAUGUGCUAGACCGGGCGGAACAGCUCUGUCGUGGAGAUUUGAAGCAUCAUCUAGCGACAGCAUCCAGCGGCUCGGCCAAUCGGUCCCACAAUCGUACCAACAAUCAAUCGACCACCAACACCACGCUGCAUACGCUGUCGACGCAGGGCAGCUUCAAUGAGUUCUUUAAACUGUUCUACCACCUUUACGGUAAGGUAGCGCACAGCGUGCGUAACGCGGAGAACGUCCAGGAGCAUCUGACCGAGCAGCUGGAGCAGUUCGUCGCUUCCGUACCGGAAGAGGUGCGCGAAUUUCUGCGGGUAACGCCCCUGGAGCAGUUGCUGCAGCUCGACGCUUGACGAUCGCGCUGUUGUUGAUCGCGUGCUUCGGUGCUGAUGCAAACAUGUGUUGUUGUUUUGCGUUGCCAGCGGGGUCACGACACCGCGGGGAAGACGAGAAUAAACAAGUAGCGUAAUUCGAUGCUUACCCAGCAUACGUCUGCUGCCUGCUUGGUUCCUCUGCUCGUCGCAAGCGCUCACAAGCCUCCUGCGCUGCAUGCUUCUAACCACGAGGAGCUGUUUUUCGCUCUCUCUCGUGACGGGUAGCCUUGGCCUGGCUGUAGAUACAUGUUGUUUUUUUCUUCCAAGAACUAACACACGCACACACAUACGUCUUUCCGGAGGAGUGUCUAGACUGUUGGGCGUAGUUCGUGGCGCGGCCUGUUCGAAUGACGCUGAUUCGGUAUUGAUUAAGUUGUUUUGUUGGUCGUUUCAUUCGACGACCAUUGGGCUGAAAAAAGAGGUUAAGAGGCAUUAAAGAAAUGCGAUUUCCAGACUGAAGUUACUCAAAUCGAAUAUCCCAAAGAGGUUGGCUUCGAUUUGGAUGCUCCAAUCCUUCAGAAUUGAAGCAUCUGUAUCAUCUGGC